CUGUAGAUGCUGUGUCACGGGGUGGAAUUGAUGCCGCACGUCGGUAGAAGUUUAACCCCUGAACUGCCCUUCCGGUAACUAGGUAAACAUCCCGCACUCAGGAUUGAAGGAGGGAGAAGAAACGGAAACUCGGUUAACAGAGGAACCGCCGUGAGGAGCAGAUCUGUGAUGUGGAUGAUUCAGUAACUCCGUUCAGAACCUUCUGAUUUAAUCAGCGAGUGUUUAAUGAGACUGGAAGUGAAAUUAAUGUGGAACAAACAGCUGGACUUUCAUCAUCAAAUCAGAACCUGUCGGUGAAAAAUGAAAUGUUUUUCCCGUUACCUGCCUUACAUCUUCCGACCUCCAAGUACCAUCCUGUCCUGCACCUACCACGCUGAAGCUGAUAUCAUCUCUACAGUCGAGUUCAACUCAUCAGGGGAGCUGCUGGCCACCGGAGACAAGGGAGGACGAGUGGUGGUGUUCCAGCGGGAGCAGGAGAGUAAAACUCAGCCUCAGCGGCGGGGUGAGUACAACGUUUACAGCACCUUCCAGAGCCACGAGCCCGAGUUCGACUACCUGAAGAGUCUGGAGAUCGAGGAGAAGAUCAAUAAGAUCCGAUGGCUUCCUCAGCAGAACGCUGCGUACUUUCUGCUCUCCACCAACGAUAAAACAGUGAAGCUGUGGAAGAUCAGUGAGAGAGAUAAAAGACCUGAAGGUUAUAAUCUGAAGGACGAGGAUGGACGGAUCCGGGAUCCUGCCACCAUCACGUCACUGCGGGUACCAGUCCUCUGUCCCACUGAUCUCAUGGUGGAGGCCACGCCCAGACGAGUGUUCGCCAACGGUCACACGUACCACAUCAACUCCAUCUCAGUGAACAGCGAUUAUGAGACGUACAUGUCCACCGACGACCUGAGGAUCAACCUGUGGAACCUGGAGAUCACCAACCGGAGCUUCAACAUUGUGGACAUUAAACCCACCAACAUGGAGGAGCUGACGGAGGUGAUCACAGCGGCCGAGUUCCAUCCUCAUCAGUGUAACACCUUCGUCUACAGCAGCAGUAAAGGUUCCAUCCGCCUGUGUGACAUGAGAGCCGCCGCCCUCUGCGACACCCAUUCCAAGUUCUUUGAGGAGCCAGAAGACCCGAGUAAUCGCUCCUUCUUCUCAGAAAUCAUCUCUUCCAUCUCAGACGUUAAGUUCAGCCACAGCGGCCGCUACCUGAUGACGCGGGAUUACCUGACGGUAAAAGUGUGGGACCUGAACAUGGAGAGCAAACCUCUGGAGACCUAUCAGGUUCAUGAUUAUUUACGGAGUAAACUCUGCUCACUGUAUGAGAACGACUGCAUCUUCGAUAAGUUUGAGUGCGUCUGGAAUGGAUCAGACAGCAUGAUCAUGACGGGUUCGUACAACAACUUCUUCCGAAUGUUCGAUCGCAAUACAAAGCGAGACGUGACUCUGGAGGCGUCGCGAGAAAACAGCAAACCACGAGCCGUCCUGAAGCCACGUAAAGUCUGUGUGGGCGGCAAGCGGCGCAAAGACGAGAUCAGCGUGGACAGUCUGGACUUCAGCAAGAAGAUCCUGCACACGACGUGGCAUCCUUCAGAGAACAUCAUCGCCGUGGCAGCCACCAACAACCUCUACAUCUUCCAGGACAAGAUCAACUAACCAGCACAGCAUGGACACGCCCGCACCCUCGGCACAGACAUGCAGGGGCCGGACGGACGGGGCCCGAACGCUGUACAGGGGCCCUGGAUGGAU